UCUCUCCCGCCGCUCGCGGUCUGGGAGCUUCAGUCUGAGCUCCGCGCCCGCGCUGCCAGCAUGACCGAUGCGCUGCUGCCCGCGGCCCCCCAGCCGCUGGAGAAUGAGAACGACGGCUACUUUCGGAAGGGUUGUAACCCCCUUGCACAAACUGGCCGGAGCAAACUGCAGAAUCAGAGAGCUGCUUUGAACCAGCAGAUCCUGAAAGCCGUGCGGAUGAGGACGGGCGCAGAAAACCUUCUGAAAGUAGCCACCAACCAGAAAGUGCGGGAGCAAGUGCGGCUGGAGCUGAGCUUCGUCAACUCCGACCUGCAGAUGCUCAAGGAGGAGCUGGAGGGGCUGAACAUCUCGGUGGGCGUCUAUCAGAGCACAGAGGAGGCAUUUACCAUUCCCCUGAUUCCUCUUGGACUAAAGGAAACGAAAGAUGUGGACUUCUCAGUUGUCCUCAAGGACUUUAUCCUGGAACAUUACAGUGAAGAUAGCUAUUUAUAUGAAGAUGAAAUUGCGGAUCUCAUGGAUAUGAGACAAGCUUGUCGGACACCCAGCCGGGACGAGGCCGGGGUUGAACUGCUCAUGACUUACUUCCUCCAGCUGGGCUUUGUGGAGAGCCGCUUCUUCCCGACCACGCGGCAGAUGGGCCUCUUGUUCACCUGGUAUGACUCCCUCACUGGGGUUCCGGUCAGCCAGCAGAACUUGCUUCUAGAGAAGGCCAGUGUCCUGUUCAAUAUCGGUGCCCUGUACACCCAGAUUGGGACCCGGUGCGAUCGGAAGACACAAGCUGGGCUGGAGAGCGCCGUGGAUGCCUUUCAGAGAGCGGCAGGUGUUCUAAACUAUCUGAAAGAGACGUUUACCCAUACCCCAAGUUACGACAUGAGCCCCGCCAUGCUCAGCGUGCUUAUCAAAAUGAUGCUGGCACAAGCCCAAGAGAGCGUGUUUGAGAAGAUCAGCCUUCGUGGGAUCCGGAAUGAAUUCUUCACUCUGGUGAAGGUGGCACAGGAAGCUGCAAGGGUGGGAGAGGUCUAUCAGCAGCUGCACACCGCCAUGAGCCAGGAGCCCGUCAAAGAGAACAUCCCCUAUUCUUGGGCCAGCCUGGCCUGCGUGAAGGCUCAUCAUUACGGGGCCCUGGCCCACUACUUCACUGCCACUCUCCUCAUUGACCACCAGUUGAAGCCAGGUGCGGACGAGGACCACCAGGAGAAGUGCCUGUCCCAGCUCUAUGACCACAUGCCCGAGGGCCUGACACCCUUGGCCACGCUGAAGAAUGAUCAGCAGCGCCUACAUCUGGGGAAGUCCCACCUGCGCACGGCCAUUGCCCAUCACGAGGAGUCUCUGCGCGGGGCCAGCCUGUGCAAGAAGCUGCGCAGCAUUGAGGUGCUGCAGGACGUGCUCUCCGCGGCCCACCAGUGCUCCCGGCUCAAGUACGCGCAGCACCAGGCGGACGACGACCUCCUGAGCCUGACCGACGCGCCCAGCAUUGUGUCUAAAACUGAGCAAGAGGUUGAAAUUAUAUCGCCUCAGUUCUCCAAGGUGACAGUAACGGACUUCUUCCAGAAGCUGGGCCCCUUAUCUGUGUUCUCGGCCAACAAGAGGUGGACACCUCCUCGAAGCAUUCACUUCACUGCAGAAGAAGGGGAUCUGGGGUUCACCUUGAGAGGGAACGCCCCCGUCCAGGUCCACUUCCUGGACCCUUACUGCUCUGCCGCGCUGGCAGGAGCCAAGGAGGGAGAUUACAUUGUUUCCAUCCAAGGCAUGGAUUGCAAGUGGCUGAAGGUGAGCGAGGUUAUGAAACUGCUGAAGAGCUUUGGCGAGGAUGAGAUGGAGAUGAAGGUUGUGAGCCUCCUGGACUCCACGUCGUCCAUGCAUAGUAAGUGUGCCACGUACUCGGUGGGAAUGCAGAAAACUUACUCCAUGAUCUGCUUGGCCUUGGAGGACAAUGAUAAAACUGACAAAACCAAGAGAGUCUCCAAGAAGCUUUCCUUCCUGAGCUGGGGCACCAGCAAGAACAGGCAGAGGUCAGCCAGCACCUUGUGUCUCCCUUCAGUUGGGGUCUCCAGGCCUCAGGUCAAGAAGAAGCUGCCCUCCCCUUUCAGCCUUCUCAACUCUGACAGCUCUCUGUACUAAUGUGAGCAAACAAAAAUGUUCCAUUAAUGGUGCUGACGGGGCCUUAGAAACUUGUGCCAUAAUGGAAAAUAUCUAAAUGUUCUCAAUCUCACUUUUUUAUGGUAUAAAGAUGCAUUUCAUGGGUUUUUGAUGAAUGAACUUAACAAGUGAUACUCCUAAAAGGAAAAGAAAAUUUCCUUAGGAGCGUCACUAUUGCUGCAAGUUAUUUAUUUUAUAAAGUAUUGUAAAUAGGGUAGAGUUGAAAAUAUGGCUAUUUUUAAUGGUUAGAGUUACAGCUUUUACUCGCUCUCAGAGUUAAAUUGGGGUUAUGCAUACUAGGACUGUUUGUAAUGGUUUCCAGAUUUAGGUAAUAAUCAUUCCUUAGACUAGAAUUCAAAUUGACCCCUGAAUUAAGGCAGUUCAGAGGACUAUAAUGGUAGAAUUAGUGUCUCUAAAAACUGUUCCAAAGAGCUGCUUCAGAAUAAGAAUUAUUUAACCUGGCCGGGCGUGGUGGCUCAUGCCUGUAGUCCCAGCGCUGUGGGAGGCCGAGGCGGGUGGAUUGUCUGAGAAUCAGAGGUUCAAGACCCAUAUGAGCAGCAGUCAGCCAGAGUAAGACCCUGUCUCUACCAACAACAUCAAAAACAGCCUUCACCACAGGAGAAGGAAGAAAAUCAACAAAAAAGGAGUACUUCAAACAAAGAUGAACAAGCACACUGAAAUUAAAAAAAAAGAAUUAUUUAACCUAUAACAAGAUAUUACUAUUAAUAUCUGUAUGACAUCCAUAUUAUUUCUAGAUAAAGUCUAGUGCCAAAUUUAUCUUUACUUAUUAAAGAAAAACAACUGUAGGAGCAGCUUUUCCUCUAGUUUUUGUCAUUUAAAAGUUGCUAACACAGUGUCCGUGUUAGAUGAAGAUCCUGUCUACAAGGUAGAUAAUAUGCUGUUUGAUACUCAAAACACUUUUCAUUUUGUGUAAAGUAGGAGAUACAUAAUCGUAUUACUUUUUAAGGGUAAAAAAGGAGUUUUACAUUUUGUAAGGAAAAAAUGUAAAUGAUUCAAGUUUAAAGCUCUGUUUGACUUUCUUAAGCGACACUCUUAGCCACUGAUUUCUCUUGUUAUAUAUUGGAUGAUACCGUGACUCUAGUUAAGAGUUCACUGUUGACAUAGUAUAAGUUAUAUAGCUAAAAAAAUAGCCUUGAAAUCUGAUUUUGAGAAUUAACAAUUAAAGUAUUGUUUAUUGUGCAAUAUCUUAAGAGAAGCAACCACCUUUGGGAAAGUGUACCCACUGUCCUAGGGCCAAGUUUGUAUAAACAUUUAAAUAAACACAUUCACUCACCUGUUUGUUUUUUUUGUCG